AUGGAGACUCGUGAUAUGUCCCGAUCUCUCGACCAAGUAAACUGGUGGGAACCUGAACAUUGGAAGGCACGUCCUCGCUGUGUCUCUUCGGCAGUUUUGCAAGGAGCAGAUCCUUCAAGUAUAAGGAAUGGUUGGCUUACAUUGCCCGACCCGAAGAAUAGAGCUCGUUUCCAACAAAAACAGCUCCAGGAACGAGAACUUAAAAUCGCGUCGCUCUACGAAGCGCAACAGGCGAGAGCGCUCGACCGUGUCAGACACUCGCCUAGUAAUGGCGUAGCGGUCAGCCCUCCACAGCCCGUCGUGCACCAACCGGGAAAGGUGCGACAAAUGUUCGAGGAAAGGCGUACAAAGGGAAUAGACAAAAGUUAUCCUCUACAACCAAUACAGAAUACUGAACGACCUCCACCUCGGAAGACUAUUCCAAAUGGUUACACAAAAGUCUCAAGCACAACAUCUAAAACAACUGUCGAGAAGAAAUCUUCAAAUACUAAAAGUUACACGAGCAUCAGCUCUCAUAAUGUGAAAAAACAAAACGGGACAGUUCAGGUUCAAAAACUAGACAACAUGGUCAACGGUUCUGGUGAUCUGAAUCACAAUCACGAGAUCGACUUAAACACAGCAAAGCGAGUGCCACAGAGCAACGGCGAAAUAAUACCAACACCGGAUGAAACAGAUCACGCUAACAACGAAAAUAACUAUUUACUGGAAAACGAAACAUUCCCAGAAGCACUCGCACCAACUCCCACUCCAAGAUCUCCGGAACUAGUGGAGAUCAAGAGACCGCAGCGAAAAAGUCCAGUAAGAAGGCCCAAAAGUCCAGUGAAAAGCAAACCCCAACCAGUUGCCGUCGCUCCACCGCGAAGAGUUGUCAGCGAGAACAAGGUGUCGGAGCGGGAGGGCAGUAGGAGUAAAGGGGUCAUGCAACGGGGAGCGAGUACCAGCCCUCAAGCAAGCGGCACAAACAAGACCCGUCCCAGUCCAUCGGCGAACGACACGAGUGAAGGAGGCUGUUCGAUUUGCGGACGACACUUCGCGCCGGACAGGCUUCCGAAACAUCAGGAGAUCUGCAAGAAAACACACUCCAAGAAACGGAAACCUUUCGACGUUUUAAAGCAUCGUUUGGCGGGAACAGAAGCGGAACCGUUCAUAAACAAGCUACGCAAGAGUACAACGAACCCAUCCCAGACUAAGGUCCAGAAGCCGGCCACCAGCAGCUGGCGGCAGAAACACGAGGAGUUCAUUCAAGCUAUACGCGCGGCCAAACAAGUGCAGGCCCAUCUUAACGCUGGAGGUAAACUAAGCGACUUGCCCCCACCACCACCAUCAGAGAACCCUGACUACGUCCAGUGUCCGCACUGCAAGCGACGCUUCAGCCCGGGCGCCGCGGAACGCCACGUGCCCAAGUGCGCCAACUACCAGUUCAAUAAGCCCAAAGCACCACCGCGCAGGCGAUAACUUGUGCCACCACCUAGUACCACCUACCAAUAACUCGUACCACGACCAUAUAAAACCACCAGCAAACUAGCAUUUUUCAGUGGUCAUAGACAAGUUAAACAAGAUGGAAACUUUAUGGAAACAAUUUGACAUACUUGUCACUUUGGUUACGAAUUUGAGUAAAUUUAAAUUUUGAAUCUUUCGAUGCCAAUAUAAAACUGUUAUGUUAUCCAUAGAUUAGUAGUAGAUUUAUCUUAUGAAAACCCUAGGUUUUCACAAAAGAUUUGAAAACAUUCCCUUAAUUUCAUAGCUAUGCGAGAGGCACGAACUUCGAAUUAAAAUUUCUCUAAUAAUGUUCAUUUAAAUGUUUUUGUACAAAUCAUUAUUAGCUGUGGUAUGGUUUGUUUGAUCAAAUGUUUCUACGAGAUCAUGACUGCUAUAUCUAAAUGAAAUGGAUUUAAAGUAUGACAGAAUAUUCGAGAAGUUGUUUCUUCGUAUAUGUUUAGUGGCAUUGGUCUCGUAUAGCAUUUGGUUGGUCAUCAAAUAUGUCCACAAUCAAACUUGUAGUCCUAUGAAUCCGCAAGUGACCUAAAAUUAUGAUGAAUUCUUUCCACCCCCCUUUGCAAACGAAUAAAUUUAAUUCAUUUUAUAUUUCUUACUCUUAACUAAUCGUAUGUAACAGAUUUAAAAGCUUAUUAGUCUGUCUAGAUAUCAAGUUUAUAAAUAAUUGAACUAGAAAUAAGCAGACCUUUCUAAAAUCGUAACGUGAUGAUCGCAAACAGAUGCCGUAAUUAUUUAUUAAUUUUUUUGUGUAUUAAUAUUUGUACAAAUAUUGCAACGCUUUUAAAAUGUUAACUGUGCAUAAUAUACUGGAUUUUUUAAAUAUACUGAUUAUUUUAUAA